UUAUGACACUUCCACGACAGCAAAGUUAGAAUUAUUUCAAAGUAAAAUAAUAAAUCUGAAAGUUAUUAAAUCUGAUGGUCUUUGAACCGAGUGACCCAGCAAUUAAUCUUGUAAGAUGAUUAUCAGGAUUACUACAACACGAAGAAUUAAUCUCCAAGUGGUGUUUUCGUUUUCUGAACAGUUAUGGCUGACAAUCUAGAAAUGAUCGUUGAAAAUUAAUUGAAAGUUCUUAUACGCAUAAGUUAUGGAGGCCUUAGAAAAAGGCAGAUAUGACAUGGGUAUGUCAUCACCGCCCCCGUUAAUUUUUCCACCGAGAUCCGCCACACUCUCUUUUGUUUCCGAACCCUCCAGUCCCGGAAGUGGAACCGGAAGUCACAGUGUCACACGUCUAAGAAAAAACAGCGCUAAAAUGCGCAAAAUACAAUUAAGCAGUCGCUUGGCCAGUCCUAUUCCAUCUGUUACAAGUGCCAAAUCUACAGUUUCUAAACAGCCAUCCUCCAAACCUUGGGAGUAUGUCCCUAUUCUUACAGACGAACAAUAUGCGGAGAAAAAAGAACGGUUGUUGAGGGGCAGUAAACUAAAGCGUGAGCUUGAAAAGUAUUGGAACAUCGAAACACCGAGUCGUCUGGAGAAGAAGAGGCUGGACGAAAUCUCUAGUGAGGACGAAGAGUACGAUACAGACCUCGACCAAGAACUGGUUGGUCUGGAGCUUAUCGUUGAUGAAAAAACCAAACAAAUCAAAGAUGAUGGAUUGUUUCCGGAAUAUAAGCGCAUGUGCCGGAAGUUGAAUGUAAUACCCAAUCAUUACCUCCUACGUCACUCAACAGAUGACGACAUUAAACUUCGACAUAGAUACCUCAGCAAAAACGACUGUACUGCAAUGGGCUAUGAGAUGAAGGACAAUUCGACCUUCUCCAAGAUAGAUCUAGAGGAUAAUGGAAUGACGGGAAAACAUAUCCACGCACUGGCGGAAAUGCUUCUACAAAACCACUACGUGUCUGAUAUAAACCUUUCCAAUAAUCCAGUGGGGGUUCCAGGAGCGAAGGUGGUCCGCUACAUACUCACAAACAAUACUCACAUUCGGAAGGUCGAUCUGACAGGUUGUAAAAUUCAAGAUGUUGGAGGUAAAGUUAUGGCCGAAAUAUUAGAGCACAAUGUAUAUAUAAAACAACUCUUGCUUAGUCGAAAUGGGAUCGGUGACGAAUCGGCCAUUCAAUUUGGGAAAGUAUUAGAAUCAAACAGCACGUUGGAGAUUUUGGACCUGUCCUGGAACCAAAUCAAUCGGCCUGGCGCGCAUGCUCUGGCUGUCGGAGUUCGGAACAACCACGGAUUACAGAGUCUCAUUCUGAACAUGAAUGGAGUGGGGAAGGAGGGUGGUUCCUCUUUGAUUGAGUGUCUCCGUCUCAAUUCAACACUGACAAUUCUGGACAUCGGGGCAAAUAGAAUACCAGACGACAUUGCCCCUGUUAUUGCAAGGGUUUUACCCAGUAACAAAGCUCUUCACACUCUGAAGCUUUCCUACAAUCUGAUUACCUCUGAGGGAGCCAUGACACUUCUGAAACCCUGGUCAUCCAAAAUUAAAAAGAAAAGUCCCCUGAAGAAAAUAGAACUGGACGGAACUGAUGUACACACGGAGCUGGCCUUGCUGGUCCACAAAUUGAGAGAGAAGCGAGGCCUGACGGUAACAGUUCGGUUACCGCCCUCACGAAGGGAACGCUCGCUGGAUCCGCUCAUGGGCAGUCUGAUGUACAUCGUGAGAUUCUGUGACAAGGAGGACGUAGACCUGCCAGAACUCUUUCCCAGGUCGUACGAGGAGAAGGGUGUCCUUAUUUCAACGGACGACGUUGUCGAACUCAUCAAGCAUUCGGGGAAAGACAUUGGCAAGUAUAGGCUGCAUGAACUGAAGAGAACACUGCAGGAGACACGGGACCGGCGCUUUGAAUUAAAAGAACUGUUGACUAUACACAAUCAAAUGAGACUAGGUAAAGAUCCACAGAGAGAGGACUCCCUGAGAAGUGCAAUCGCCGGUAAACGUCGAGGUAUUCCGGUGGAGACCUUGCAGGUCUCGACUCCAAGCACCGCAGGGGUUAGAUUCCGGGGCGGGAGUGAUGACGAGGAUUAACUUUCAGUGCAAUGAAAUUCCA